UGGGAAAUAUUAUAGAUGGAAAGACAUUCAAGAAACCUAGGCGUCCAUACGAGAAGGAACGAUUGGAUGCUGAACUGAAACUUGUCGGAGAAUAUGGUCUCCGAUGUAAGAGAGAACUGUGGAGAGUUCAGUAUGCUUUGAGCCGAAUCCGUAAUAAUGCUAGAAUGCUUCUUACUCUUGAUGAGAAGAACCCUCGUCGGAUCUUUGAAGGUGAAGCACUUUUACGUAGAAUGAACAAGUAUGGACUUUUGGAUGAGAGUCAGAACAAGCUUGAUUAUGUUUUGGCUUUGACUGUUGAGAAUUUCCUUGAACGUCGUCUUCAAACACUUGUUUUCAAGUCUGGUAUGGCCAAGUCUAUUCACCAUGCUCGUGUUCUUAUUAGACAAAGGCACAUCAGGGUUGGUCGUCAGGUGGUGAACAUUGCUUCUUUCAUGGUUAGGGUUGAUUCGCAGAAGCAUAUUGAUUUCUCAUUGACUAGUCCUUUUGGAGGCGGUCGUGCUGGGAGAGUUAAGCGAAAGAAUCAAAAGGCCGCUGCUAAGAAAGCUUCUGGUGGUGGUGGAGAUGAUGAAGAUGAAGAGUGAAUUAUGAAUUCUAAAGAUGGGUAAGAGUGUUUUUUUAUUUAUUUGAAAAACUGGGUAUUAUUGUGCUUUGUUCACAGAUGAUAGGAAGACACUUUUGUUUAAGUUUUGUUUUGGAAACUUUUAAAUGUUCUUUCUUUUUCAAAGGGAUGGUUCUAUUUGUGUCUAGACUAUAGUCAUGAAUGAUUCAAGACUAAUAUGAUUAUCAUCUCUAAUCCUU